AUGGAUGGAUUGAUCAGCUAUCCUCUCUUCUGCCCACUAACCCAUGCCUUCCAGAAGCCGGCGCAAGGCUUCGGAGAGCUCAAAAACAUGAUCAACACCAUCCGCUCCCAGUUCAAAGACCCCUUCCUCCUCACCAACUUCCUCGAGAACCAAGAUCAACCUCGAUUUCCUUCUCUCACCUCUGAUCGGGCGCUGGCCAAAAAUGCAAUCACUUACAUCCUCACCGGUGACGGAAUGCCCACCACCUACUACGGACAGGAACAGAGCUUCAACGGUGGAAACGAUCCGUACAACCGAGAAGCCUUUUGGACGUCGAACUACAACACCAACAGCGAGAUGUAUCUGCAUAUCAGCAAGGUGAACAAGCUUCGUAAAGCGGUGGAAGGACUGGGUAGUGGAAACCCAUCACGACGCCACUGA